AUGGAAAUAUCUGCAGGAGUUUUCAUUCUAAUCAGUAGUUUUUUCAUCGUCAGCGAUGCAAGAACAAAUCCUCGGUUUGACAUGCGGGAUAAAGAUGGAAUCAUCUUUGAUCCUAUUGCCCCACGAGCUGGUGAACGAUUAAUAGCGAAGUGUACGUUAGUUGGCCUCACAGAUACAGACAAACGAAGUGUUAGUUGGGAAUUACAUCGUUUGAAUGAUAAUAAGAAAUUCUUCUUGGCAACUGACGAUCAAGUUUUUCAAUUUGCUCAACCAACCCGUCGUCUCUACGCUGAACACGAUAUGGAUUCAAGUGAUUGGUAUCUAAUAUUCGAUCCAUUAGAUCGCGAAGAUUAUGGUGAUUUAACUUGCAUGUUAGCUGAUACAGGUUAUAAUAAUUCAGUCUAUUUGAAACGACGCUUGGUCGUCUACAGUGAACCGUUCGUUGUACAAUCAUCAACAAAAGAUAUUGAAGUUAGCGAAGGUGAUAACAUACUUUUACAAUGUUUUGCACAAGGUUUACCGCCACCACAAAUACAGUGGAUGAAAGCAGAUGCCAGUCCAUUACCAGAUGGAAAUAUUCGUGUCAUUGGUGCUGUCGAGCUGCCAAUAAAUGAUAUUCGACAACAAGAUCGUGGAAUUUAUAAAUGCUUGGCCAUUAAUCUUGUCGGUUAUGGUGAUGUAUGGACUCUUAAAGUCAAUGUGAAAUUUCCGCCUUAUAUUCGAUGUCCAUAUCCAAUGGUUGGUCAGGCUGUUAGCUUUAUGGUUGAUAUAUACGUUGAAUGCUAUGUUCAUGGAUAUCCUCCACCACGCAUUACAUGGUACAAAAAUGAUUACGGUGGUCAAAUUUCUACGUCAAUGAGUGUUGACGUACUUCGACCAAUCUGGAAUUCAUAUAAAUAUAAAAUUGAAGCAACAAUACCUGAACCAAAUAUUUGUACUGAUUGUAUUCUCUCUCGUUUAACAAUUAUUAAUGUUGAAGCAAGCGAUUUGGGCUCUUACGUCAUCAAUGCAACAACAAAUGAUAAACCUUAUCGAACAGCACUUGAUUCGGUCUUUGUCUAUGAAACGCCCGAUUGUCAACAGUUUAUAACCCAUCGUGAUAAUAUCGGUUGCAAACGUAUUCGUUUCACCACAAGCAAAGCACCGUCCGCGAAUUGUCCAUUCAUUUCAUUCGUCUUCGUCAUUUUACUUGCAAUUUUUACUUAA